CUCCACAGCGGCGCUCCGACCUCUCCCCGUGGCGGGGCCGAGCCCGGCUGCUGAGGUGGAGGGGAUGGCUGACCCUCUGAGGAGGACCCUUUCGAGACUGCGGGAGAGGCGGGGUCCCCGUGGCGCCGCCACAGCGCCGGCGGCGGCUUCUUCGGCUGUUCAGGGAGACACCUGGGGCGCCCCGGGCUCCCCACGACAGGAGCAGGCUGGCGGCGCCGGUCCGAGCUCGGAGCAACCCCCGCCGUCGCCUGGGGCGCGGGCCCUGGAGCAGCCGAAGGCGCCUGGGCCGCGUCUGCACGACAGGCAGGAGGCCGCCCCCCCGAGCCACGCUCGUGCUUCUCUGCACGCCGCGCCGGGCUCCGAGGGCAGCGCGGAGGACGAGGACGGCGCGGACCACAGCGCCGUAGACUACUACGAGAACCUGCCCGGCGGCGCCGCGCCUGAGGGGGCGGAGGCAGAGCGGCGGCUCCCACCUCCCGGAGCGGGCUCCUCCCUGGGGGCGGAGGGCGGCCGCCUGGAGACGGGCAGGCUGCAGACCCAGUUGCGAGAGGCCUAUUAUCUGCUGAUCCAGGCCAUGCACGACCUGCCCCCGGACUCCGGCUCGCGGCGGGGCGGCGGGGGCUCGGCGGAUCGGGGCGGCACCUCGGAAGCCCGGGUUGCGGGCCUGCCGCCUUUUCCCCGCGGCGCCGCGAACAGCCCCGUCUGCCGCCGGGACCUGGAGCUGGGAGGCGGAGACCGAUCCGGGCAACAGGUGUCCCCGCCCUGGUCUCCUCCGCGGGAGUCGGGGUACGGCCGGUUGCGCUGUCCUCGGAUGCCGCUGUCCCGCAGCAGAAGCCUCGAGAGUCUCCAGGUGGGUGCCAAGCUGCCUCCCUUGCAGCGGUGGCCGAGCGACAGCUGGAUCAGGUGGGGCGCUCGCGAGGACCGGGAAGAGCCCCCGCCACGUGGAGGCGGGAUGGACGGCUGGAGCUGGGGCGGCAGCGCCCGGGCGACGGAGCCCGCCGGCCUCCUGCGUCCCUGCACCCACGGCCCCGGGUGCUCCUCGAGAAGCCCGUUCAGGGAUCCUGCGCAGUCCUCUGUGAUAUUCAGCGGCAAAGACAGCUGCCAGGAGGAGCCCCCCUUCCUCAGACCGCCUGCAGUGACAGUCAAGAAGCUGCAGAAGUGGAUGUACAAAGGUCGCCUGCUGUCCCUGGGAAUGAAGGGUCGCACCCGAGGGCCAGCCUCAAAAGUCCCGGGAGCUCGGGCAGCCUCUGCAAAUCCGAGCACCCUGAAAGUGCAUGGAAACCCUGACCUCUCGGUGCCUCCAGACGAAAGAAUCACGCUGACAGAAUUAUUUGAAGAUGUCUAUGGGUCUUCAAUGAAGAAAAGAGAACUUGAAGAUCUGAAGGAUAAUGUAGAAUUCAGAGGUCAUAAGCCACUUAACAACAUCACUGUUUCAAAAAAACGCAACUGGCUCUAUCAGAGUAGUCUGAGAGCUCUUAAUCUGGAAGAAGAAAAUAAAAAAUACCAAAAUAGAAGCAAUUUAUCCAUCUCAUCUGUGACUCCAUCUUACCAUCAGCUAUCACAGCCUUUUCUUAAAUCAUCUGAAGAAUAUUGUACAUAUAUGGUAUGUAAUGCUACAAGCUCUUCAUUAUCAAGAAACUGUUCUUUAGAUUUUAAUGAGGACAAUGAUGCAGAUGAUGAAGGAGAAAUAUGGUACAAUCCUAUUCCCGAGGAUGAUGACCUUGGCAUGUCAAGUGCCUUGAGUUUUGGAGUGGCAAACACUGCUGUUUUAAAGCUUCCUGUCUCCAGUUUGCACAUACCCUCUGGUAGUGACCUAAUGAAAGCAGCGCAGUAUACUGAAGAUUUAUUGUGCUCUUCUGAACACAUGGGUGAUAUUCAGAGUAUGGAGUUAAAUGAAAUGAAUCCUAUAAAUUCCAUCCAUUCCACAGAAUUUAUACCACAGCACAAGCAAAGGCUAGGACACAAGACACAAGAAGGUAUAAUGGUGGAGGACAGUCCUGUGUUGAAACCUCCUUUUGCAGGUCCUGGGAUCUUAGCCGCUGCAAAUAGGACUGAAUUGGGAGUUAUAGAACCAUCUUCACCAAGCCCUACCCCUAUUAAAAAAGGCAGUUCAAUUAAUUGGUCUUUACCAGAUAAAAUAAAAUCUCCACGAACUGUGAGGAAACUUUCCAUGAAAAUGAAAAAGUUGCCAGAAUUUAGUCGAAAGCUAAGUGUUAAGGGAACUUUGAAUUAUAUACACAGCCCAGAUAGUACUCCUUCCUUGUCUAAAUAUAACUGUAGAGAAGUUCAUCAUGCUGUUAUUCUACCUUCUGGGAAUACUACCACAGCUGCUAAGAGGAAUGUUAUAAGCCGGUACCAUCUUGAUACUACUGUGUCUUCUCAGCACAGCUACCAGAAGAAAACUUUGAAUUCAAAGUAUUCUUGCCAAGGUGGUUAUCUCAGUGAUGGAGACUCACCUGAACUUAUAACUAAAUCUAGCAAACAUGGACCUGAAAACAAAUUUGGAAAAGGAAAAGAAAUCAUUCCAAGUAGUUGUAACAAAAAUGAAAUAGACAUAGAUGCUUUUAGACAUUAUAGCUUUUCUGAUCAACCUAAGUGUUCACAGUACAUAUCUGGGCUCAUGAGUGUGCAUUUCUAUGGUGCUGAGGAUUUAAAACCCCCUCGGAUAGAUUCAAAAGAUGUCUUUUGUGCAAUUCAGGUAGAUUCAGUAAACAAAGCAAGAACAGCUUUGCUCACAUGUCGGACAACGUUUUUAGACAUGGAUCACACUUUCAACAUAGAAAUUGAAAAUGCACAACAUUUGAAAUUAGUAGUAUUCAGUUGGGAGCCCACUCCAAGAAAAAAUCGAGUGUGUUGUCAUGGAACUGUUGUUCUCCCCACCUUGUUCAGAGUGACAAGGACACAUCAAUUGGCUGUCAAACUUGAACCAAGAGGUCUUAUUUAUGUGAAAGUGACUCUUAUGGAACAGUGGGAGAAUUCUCUUCUCAGACUAGAUAAAAAUCGAGCUUCAGUAAUGUUUGGUGUUGACAUUCAAAAAGUUGUAGAAAGAGAAAAUGUAGGAUUGAUGGUGCCACUCCUGAUACAGAAAUGUAUUGUGGAAAUUGAAAACAGAGGUUGUCAGGUAGUAGGCCUGUAUCGAUUAUGUGGUUCAGCAGCAGUCAAGAAAGAACUUCGAGAGGCUUUUGAGAGGGAUAGCAAAGCUGUUGGUCUUUGUGAAAACCAGUAUCCAGAUAUAAAUGUAGUAACAGGUGUUCUUAAGGAUUACUUAAGAGAGCUUCCAUCUCCUCUGAUAACAAAGCAGCUUUAUGAGGCUGUACUAGAUGCAAUGGUAAAAAGUCCUUUGAAAAUGUCAUCAAAUGGUUGUGAGAAUGAUCCAUGUGAUUCUAAGUACACUGUUGAUCUGUUGAAUUGUCUGCCAGAUGUUGAGAAGGCAACCCUAAAGAUGUUGUUGGAUCAUUUGAAAUUAGUGGCUUCUUACCAUGAAGUGAAUAAGAUGACCUGUCAGAAUUUGGCUGUGUGCUUUGGACCAGUGUUACUAAGCCAGAGACAAGAGACUUCUACCCAUAACAACAGAGUCUUUACUGAUUCAGAGGAACUUGCAAGUGCUUUGGAUUUUAAAAAACAUAUUGAAGUUCUUCACUACUUACUCCAGCUCUGGCCAGUGCAACAUUUAACUAUCAGAGAAUCAGCAAACAGUUUGUUCCCAGAGCAGUCAUCUUCUCUGAACUAUUUGAGGCGGAAAAAAGAACGACCUUACAUGUUAAAUUUGAGUAGUACCGAUUCAUCAGGAGUACUUAGGCCAAGGCAAACCAGAUUAGACAGCCCACUUAGCAAUCGUUAUGCAGGAGACUGGAGUGGCUGUGGAGAAAACUACUUUUUAAAUAAAAAAGAAAAUUUAAAUGAUGUGGAUUAUGAUGAUGUACCUUCAGAAGACAGAGAAAACAGAGAAGAUUAUAGCAAAAUGGAUGGACCAGAAAUAAUGAUCGAACAGCCAAUUUCCACAUCCAGAGAGUGCACAUUUCAGUCAUAUUUGACAGUGCAGACAAUUGAGUCUACAGUGGAUCAAAAAGUUAAUCUCAAAGAUCUACAAGAAAGUAUUGAUACUUUGAUUGGCAAUCUGGAACGUGAGCUCAACAAAAACAAGCUUAACAUGAGUAUUUGAGAUUGAAGGAUUCUAUCUGGUUUUUAAUAAUGUCUUAAAGUUUCAAAUUACUCAUUAUUUUCUUUUCUUAUACUUCCUCAUGGUGUUGCUUUUACUUUUUUAGUCCUGAAACCUUCAAUUAAUUUCUAAUAAGUUCAUGUGAUUCAAUUAAAAACAUUACCCAGUAAUAUAAUUUUUUACUUUUCUCAUUAGAAAAUUUUACUAGGAGUAAAGGUAACCUGGACUUUUUGAACAUUUUAAUAAACCUUGCUAGUUCUGUGGAGGUAACUUUCUGAUGCACUUAUAAGGUUCAGGUAAGUUAUUAGUUCAAGGUUUUGUAUUUUAUAGGAACUGCUUUUCUAUAGCUGAGACAGAUGUUCCUUUAGGAAUAAGUUGUUCCAGAGGAACAUUGCAGAUGCCCAGCCUGAUUUGCAGUAGGAAUCCUUGUACACUGCAACAUCUUGUGGUCUCAUUUCCUUUGCAAUGCAAAAUGCUGCUAUAAGAAAACCUUUUUAUAAAUAAAAGUAAAAUUAUACAAAUAUUAAUGUAUUCUGUAUUAACAUUCAGUAAUUAUUUAAGCUUAUACAAAUGAAAUAUUUUUAUAAUCCUGAAAAUAUGUAUAUAUUUAUAAGUGCAUAUGUGUAUAGGUAUUAGAAUGAGAGGAGGGGUUAACUGUAGAAUCACAUGUACUUUUUAAGAUAUAUAUGUCAUGGGACCAAAAUUAUUAGCUAAAAAUCUUUUUCAGGGAAAGACCAUUUAAGUUAAAGGAAGAUUUACAUAAAAACACUUGAAUAAAAACACUCUAGAAGCACCUGAGUAGAAAUGGUAGACUUUCCCUUUUUGAUUUAUAGACAGUCACAGUAUUUCCUGUGAAAAGUCAUCUUUUAAAGUGACAAAAUCCUCAAGUGUCCAGCUUUCUGCACUAGUAACUUAGAUUUAAAAAACUUCAACUCUUCUAUGCAGUUUUGUAUUCUGUGAUGUGUUGAAUAUUUAUUUUAGUAGCACAUUUAUAAUGUUGACUUUAUAAUUACUGCCAUUUGUUUCUAAGGAAAUCAUCUUGCCAGCAUACUACAUGGUACUGAUUUUUAAAAAAUAACUUAUUUGGACUACAUAUAUCUGGAAGUUAGUUAUCAUAGCUAUCACAGCAGUGUUUAAAGAUGUAAAUUUAGGAGAAUUUAAAUUGGAAUAUAUAUUUUUUAAACAUACCUACAAAAUCUGUAAUUUUAAAAUUAUAAAUAAAAUUUGAAUUACCAGGUUUAAGGUAUAACAGCCAUUUAAAAAACUGACUUCCUCAUGUUUUUCUAAAUACGAUAGUAUUUAACUAUUUCUAUGCAAUAUACAUUGGUAAACAGAACACCUUAUUUAUUUUGAGAGCAACCCAUCAAUGAAAAGACAAAUAACUAUUUUUUAUGAAAUUUUCAUUAUUUUAAAGCUUCGUGUAAUGACUUAGAAUACAAAAAAUAAUAAAGUAAUAGGUGUAUAUCAUGGGUAAACAGAAGACAGUACUGCUGGAACCAGGUAUGAUGUUGCAUGCCUAUAAUCCCAGCAUUUGGGAGACUGAGGCAGGAGGAUCACAGUGAGUUUGAGGCCAGCCUGAGUUACGCAUUGAGUGUAAGACCAGCCUGAACUACAUAGUGAGACCCUGUCUCAAAAAAUAUAAACAAAAAAAGGUUUUUUAAAUGUACUGUUGAAAGUUUUGUGAGAAUGAGUUUUUUUCCUUUUGCUUAUUGUAUCAUGCAUAUUCUAUGAAUUGAAUUAAGUUCUUCCAGAAAUAAAAAAUUUUUAUUAAAAGAUGAUAACCUUAGUGCCAUGUUAAUAUCGUAAUUAUUUAAGGAUCUUUUAAUAAUCUUCUUAAACAUAUUAUCCAUUAAAGUAUGCAUAAUGACAUUUAUUAGUCCAAAGUUGAAUUUUCUAGAAUCUGAAAUGCUUUAAAGACUGUACUUGUAUUAUUAUUUUAUUUUGGAUGAAAAUAGUUCUUAAAGUUAAUCUCUGCCAAUUUAGAGAAUUCUAAACAUUUUUUGUUGUCUGGGUCACUGAGUGGUGAUUAUAAACCUGUUAUUAACUGCUGCUUUCAGAAGUACUGAAUAAGUUCAUUUUAAGUGGCCUUUUACUUCAAAUCUUUUUUGAGUUUUUAUACCUGUUUUUUAUAAUUUCCUGGAAUCUCCCUACACAGAUUGUCAACCAUCACUUCCUUCCGAGCAGCCAACUUUGAUGUUUGAAGAUUAAAAACAGUUUUAACUUUAGUGCGUGUACCUGAGUAAAAAUUCUGAACAAUUCAGACAGAAAAUAAAAAGUGUUCCUGCCUGUCAUCCGCAGUUCGUUUCUUAGAGCUAACAGAAUGUUUACUGCUGCUGUUCCUAAGCUGGAUUUGUUGAUUGUCCAUUGUGAAUGCAUUUUUGGUUACCUUUAUAACUUUAAUUAGUAAUCUUUAUUUCUUGAUCCAUUGAUUUUAAACAGUCUCAUUUAAAAGAGGAAAUGGCUAGUUCUGUACUUUCAACUUAUAAUCACCUCCUUAUUUUUGUAAAUAAUACUGUUCGUUUAUAUUAUCACUGUUAAUGGAUGUUUAUGGUUUUGGGGACCUAUACUUGACUUAUAUUUUCCCUGUAUAUAUUGAUUUCAAAAACUGCAAAUCGGGCUGGGGAUGUAGCUCAGUGGCGCUGCACCCGCUUGACAAACACAAGGUCCUGAGUUCAAUUCCUGGUACUGAAAAAAAAAACCCCAAAACUGCAAAUCCAUAACAAGUUGUUGUGCUGUAGAAUGUAAAGUAUUCACAGUAACCAGGUGAUUUAUCUCUUUCAGCAUAUCCAACCUUUAUAUCUUGAAGUCUAUGCUUAUUUAAUCAAAAUGUUUCAAGCAUAAAGGAAUGGCUUGUUUUCUCUCAUACCCAUAAUUCUCCAAAUCAUGCUGUUUGUUAUUUGCUUCAUAAUUGGGUCAUGGCUUUUGGAUAUUUUUACUUUUCCUGGAAUAUGAUUGCAAAUACUUCUUUAACUUUUUUAAUCAUAAUAUAGAAUGACCAAAUUUGUUUAGAAUGCUUUUAGUUCUCAUCUUGGGAUUUCUGAAGUAUAUUCCUGGUUUUAUAUUUCUUUGCUAGAACAAAAUAUCUUUUACCCUGUGAGAUUAUUUUAUGCUUUUUAAUCAACUUUAUAAAAUUUGGGUUUUUAGCUCUCAUCUUGAGAUGCAUUUUUUUUGUAGUCCUGUGUUUUACCUUGUCUUUAGAUUUCACUCUUUCUUUCUUUUUUUUAUUUGGUACCAGGGAUGGAACUCGGGACCUUGCUCUUUCAAGGCAGGCGGUGGAAUCACUGAGCUAAAUCCCUGGCUCCCCCCCCCUUUUUUUUUUUUAAGAGAAGAAAAGCAUACAAAUUUUAUUUGAUUUAAGAUAUUUACCAUUCAUGGAAACUUUACAGAAAAAAAACCCCGUACUACCACCACUAGGCUCAACCCCUAGCACCAGGAAAAAAAAGAAACCAAAGCAGUAUUUGCAUUUGAAGGUUUAUAUAUCAUCUUAAUAAAGAAUGAUAAAUUGUAGAAAAAUGACUUCAUAAAAGAAAAGGCGUUUGGGCUUCCAAGGGAGGUGAAUUGGAUUGCAUUCUUUCUUGAAUUUUUAAAAAAUAUAUUUGCAAGUACACUUUUUUGUCCUCUCAUAAAGGGAAGUAAACUUUGAAUCCUUACAGAUCUGACCAGGCCUACUUCUUCUCCAUCUUCAUUUUGAUUCGGUCUGCACUCCUACAUGAAAACUCAUUGUCCUUUAAACUUUUGAGGGCAUUUUACUAUUACCUUCAAGCAACAAGUUUUGUAGAAAUCUACCAAGAAAAAGCAAUAAAGGUGUAGUGAGAAAUGAUUGGAUUAUGUAUACAUUUUAAAGUGGGAGCCAAAAGAAUCUGCCAGGACUGUAAGGAGGAGCAAGGCCUAGCAGCUUAAUAGAUUGCCAUCAAAUGAGAUUGAAAUAACUUUUUCAUAUUUUUAAAUGAGUUCCUUACAGUAGAUAUUGUAAAUAUAGUAGUUAUCAAAUGUCUUAAUGUUCUGUUAAGUAGUAAUACUAGUGCUUUUGUAGUUGGUGAUGAUUCUGUGACAGUCACUGUCAGAAGCAGAAAGCCUACUUCAUUGUAUAUUUGUCCAAGUAACAUACCACUUAACUGUCUAUGGAAAAUUUCAGAUGUAUAGCUUAAUAUUAGGGAAUCUAAAGAAACAGAUUUGAGUAGCGCUAUGGUUCUGAAAAGAAUUUUGCUUCUGGACCAGAGGAUGGAUUUGAAGAUUGUGAUUCUGUAAUUUUAAAACAUCAUUUUUAGGUACUUUGAUAUGAUAUAGUUAUGUUUAAGAAUAACAAGUCCCAAGGACUUCAUAUGAGGAGAAAUACUCUUUUGCAUUCUUCCCUGUUUUGGAUUUUGGAUUCAUUAAGGUUCAUAAGUGUUGCAAGACACAGUUCUUGGUUGCAUUCUCACUUAGAAAAAUUAACUAUGUCAUGCAGAUAAUGAAUUUAUUGAAAAAAUAGUAUGUCAGAUGCAAGGCUGUUUUAGAGUGCUGGCCAAGUUUUAUAUCUUGGUCUAGGUAGUGAUUUCACAGGUGAUGACAUAUCAAGCAUCAUAAUUUAAGAUUUGUGGCCUUUAUAAGUCAUAUUUCAAUUUUUUAAAGUUUAUUUUUCAAAAAACUGUUAAGCUGAAGAAAUAGACUUGGGAAAUGGACAGAAACGGAGAUAGGCUAAGUGGUCAGAAUGACAGCAAUCAAGAUCAUGUCUGGUUGUGCUGCUCUUGUUGAUGCCACUGCCACCACACAGCCCCAUGGCCACCAUUGGAAUUAAUUAUCAAACAUCUCUGUUUCUCUACAUCAUGCUUGGCUCAGGGUCCCUGACAGAAGCAUCAGAUUGGAUUCCAGCCUCCAGGACUCUUGAGAGCUUGCAUCCUUUCCCUAAAACUUGCACAGUGGUAAAUUCUAUGACUCCAAGAAAGGAAUUUGAAUGCUGAGCAGGUGAAACUGGCAAAUGUCCAUAACACUCCCCUGUCCUCUUGUCUUGCCCUGAUGUCCCCAAUUUGAAGUUUCUCCCAACCAGCACUGUCUCACCUAUCAAAGGUGUGAGUGCUACGUGUCCUGAAACUGAACUUCAGUGUAUUACUACUAGCACUGUAGUCCAAGCCACUAUCACAUCAGUCCCUUCCUAUUUUACCUCGGCUGUCACUCUCCUCUCCACCUCCCCAAUCCAGUCUAUCCAUAGAAACGAAAGGGACCAGAAAAAAGACCCAAUCAUUUCCCAGACCUUUUCCCUUGCUCCCAAUGCUCUGACAACCCUGAGGACCUUAUCCCUGUUUGAGGGUCUUUGCACUUGCCAUUUAUUCCCUGUGUCUGGAAAGCUGUUAUCCCCUUUACUUAGCUUUUUGUCGUUAUUAUCUCCACUCAAAUGUUGCUUCAAAGAGGCUGUCUCUGAAAGCCAAUCAGUAGCCUGCUCUGAGAAUUUAGGGGAAGAAGGAUAUGGAGAUUUCUGUUUCCUGUAAGAAGUACUAAAUAUUUAACAGCACUGUUAAACUUUAGACAUUAAUAACUUUGGUAAAUGUUUGCAUUUGUACCAGAUUUAAAAAUAAAAAUCUAAAAACAAUGUUCACACCCCUUGUAACUGUCAUGUUGCCCUGGCUUAUUUUUAUCAAGGUGUUUAUCUGAAACUACCUUGUUUUAUUACCUAUGUUCAUCUUUAUAGACUAAUCCAUGGCAGCAGGGACCUUGUAUAUCUAGUUUAUUGCUGUAUGUCUCAGGAGUAUAAGUAAAAGAUGCUCAGUUGUUAAUAAAUGAAUGUAAAGGGG